CAUUACUUUUAUUUAUCAUCUUACAAUGAUCAUUUAGUUUUUUUUUCCCUUUUUUAGCUCUUCUCGAGGAGAGCUUCUAUUCUGUGCAUGUAUGUUUCUAUACAGACAUAGCCUCUAGCAUGAGUGCUGUGUUUGUUUUUCGUUCUUAUAUUCAAAAUCCUGACUUGGGUUUCUUCAGGAUUUUCUGUUCAUUUAUAGUCUAGCUCUUUGCUUUUUCUUAUGAAACACAGCUUACUAUUUGUUUUAUUUUUUAUUAUCUGGGGAUUUUAGUACUUAUAAGAAUAUAAAUUUUCUUUUAUGUGCAACCAAUUAUUUGAGAUGCUUAAUUUGUUUUAGCAGAUUCUUCCUAAUGGGUUUUUAUUUUUCUUUUCAAAACCAAUUUCCUUUCACACUCUUCGUGUUUUCAUUCAAACAAGUAUUUCAUCCUUUUUCUCCUCCUUGUAUGCUCAUCAGCUAUGCGUUUUGCUAUUUUUUCUUUAAUUUUCUCAUUUUGGAUUUUUUUUUUCCUUCCAUCUGAUAAGUUCUGCUUUUAUCACUGCAAAAGGGCCACUACUAUUAUUUAAUUUCUUUCCAGUUUUUGCUUACAGCAUUUGCAGGUUUCAACACGUUAUCGGUCAAAAAUGGUGCCUUUUUUUUGUUUAUGUUCUUCUCUACUUUAAACCUUUAUCUUCUUUUCUUGUUUCAUUUCUUACUUAUUGUACUCGUAACUAAAAAUCAUCAGUUUGGCACCAUGGCCCUCUUUAAUCAUUUAUAGACUCUCUUUAUUCAGUCGAACUCCUUUUUGUAUCAUUUGGUAGAGAAAAUCCAUAUGAAUCUGGUGAGGUACAAGAGGAGAUACUAUUGUGAUUUUGGUUUUGAUCCAAGCGUGAAAACUUCAUAGAGUGGGGAGGGAAAGGGAAGAUAAAAGAUAGAAAUGGGAUGUACUACCUCAAAGCUUGAUGAAGAAGAGGCAGUUCAGCUUUGUAAAGAUCGAAAAAGAUACAUUAAGCAGGCUGUAGAGCAGCGAACACGAUUUGCAUCAGGACACUUGGCUUAUAUCCAGUCCUUGAAAAGAGUUUUGGCAGCUCUUAGGGAUUAUGUUGAAGGAGACGAGCCCCGGGAGUUCUUUUUAGAUUCAUUUAUAACACCGCCUUUUACGCCUGUGAAGAAAACUAGUCCUGGUUUCAUCUCAUUUUCGCCGAAAUCUUUCUCUGCAGCACCUAUCCAAUCUGGACCUACUUCGACUUUGAAAGUAAAUUAUUUAAGGUCAGGGGGGAACCAAUCAGUUUCAGUUGAGGAGAGACCUCAAUCACCGGAAACAUUCCGAGUCGAAUCGUACUCUCCAAUGCAUCAUUACGGCGCUGAUGGAUUCUUUGCGAUGCAAUCCUCACCAAUGUAUUCUUCGUUCUUCUCGUAUUCCCCGAACAAUAGGCCCAGCAUUCCUCCACCGUCUCCUCAAACUUCACAAUGGGAUGGCUUUUGGAACCCAUUUUCAUCAUUAGACUACUAUGGCUAUCCCAAUCGUAGCAGCCUUGAUCAGAUGGGUAUGGAUGAUGACAUGAGAGGACUAAGGCAGGUUCGAGAAGAAGAGGGGAUUCCUGACCUGGAAGAUGAAACUGAACAAGAAGACUCAGAUAACAAGGCAAACUUAGCAGGAGAACGAGCCAAGGUUGUUUCCAAUUACCCAAGAGAAGAAGUGCUUGUUGAAGAUGUUGACGAAGAUGAGGAUGAGGAUGAUGAUGAAACUGAUAGUGACUGUGAAUGUGAAUGUGAAAGUGAACAUGAAGUAAAUGGGCCACAAUCAGGAUUGCAAACACAAGGUAGUGUGAAGAUAGAGCUAUCACGGUCUCAAAAUUCAGGACAGGUUGAGGUUCACAAUCAAGAAAUGGCAGUUGGUAAUGGUGAAGCCGCCAAGGUUGAAACACCAGGUUUUACUGUCUAUGUAAACCGAAGGCCAACAAACAUGGCAGAAGUCAUCAAGGAUCUUGAAGAUCAGUUCACAGUUAUUUGCAAUUCAGCCAAGGUGGUGUCGGAUUUGUUAGAGUCCAGCAGAGCUCAGUACUCAUCAACUUCAAAUGAACUCACAGCCAUGAAAAUGUUGAAUCCAGUAGCACUGAUACGCUCAGCUUCAUCUCGCUCAUCAUCAUCAAGAUUUAUGAUCAACUCUUCAAGUUCUAAAGAUGAAGAUUGUGAUAGCAGUAGUGACUUCUCAGAGGAAUCUUGCAUGCUCUCAGGUAGUCACCAAUCAACGUUGGACAGAUUAUAUGCCUGGGAGAAGAAGCUCUAUCAAGAAGUUAGGUGUGGAGAGAAGGUUCGAAUUGCGUAUGAGAAGAAGUGUAUGCAACUCAGGAACCAAGAUGUUAAAGGAGAGGACCCCUCUGUGCUGGAUAAAACAAGGACAGCCAUUAGGGAUCUGCAUACUCAGAUAAAGGUUUCUAUACACUCAGUUGAAGCGGUGUCAAAGAGAAUAGAAACUUUAAGGGAUGAAGAAUUGCAGCCUCAACUUUUGGAAUUGGUACAAGGGUUAGCGAGGAUGUGGAAAGUAAUGGCAGAAUGCCACCAGUCACAGAAGCGUACUUUAGAUGAAGCCAAGCUUUUACUAGCCGGCACACCUUCAAAACUUGAAGCAAAACGGCACUCUUCCAUGUCAGUUGCUGACCCUCAACGGCUAGCCAGGUCAGCUUCCAACGUCGAGACAGAACUCAGGAAUUGGCGAGCCUGUUUUGAGGCAUGGAUCACUUCUCAACGAUCCUAUCUUCACGCGCUAACCGGCUGGCUCCUCAGGUGUGUUAGGUUGGAUCCUGACACUUCAAAACUUCCAUUCUCACCUCGUAGAUCCAGUGGAACCUUUCCAAUAUUUGGGCUUUGCAUCCAAUGGUCAAGGUUUCUUGAUGCAAUGCAGGAGAUGCCAGUUCUUGAUGGCCUAGAUUUUUUUGCUGCUGGGAUGGGGUCUAUCUAUGCACAGCAGCUAAGAGACGAUCCACAUAGGGUCCCAGUCAGUUCAAAGAGAUUUGGAGCUGGGUUUUCAGCUGAAUCAGGAAGAAGUAUGGAAUUGAUGGAGGUUAGUGAAGUAGAAGAUGUAAUGACUACAGAGAAAAUGGCUGAAGUUGCCAUAAAGGUACUUUGUGCAGGAAUGUCAGUUGCAGUGAGCUCACUGACUGAAUUUGCUAUUGGUUCUGCAGAGGGAUAUGCAGAACUUGUUAAGCAAUGGGAGAAUGUCAACUCCCAGAGUUCCAGUAGGGCUGGAACAUAAUUCAGGAUAUCCCAGUGGAUAAUUUUGCUAGCACCGUUGAUGUAAAUUAUAUGUUAUAACCUAUAUGGCAAAGGUAGUGUAGAAAAGUUGCUGCUCCUGCUAA